AUGAUUACUUAUCUUUUUGUGACGUCCCUCUCCACAGCCUUCUCUUUUUCCUCGCUGCUUCGUUCGGGUGUCGCCGCUCCAAACUUCUCUUUUUUUGUCAUUGUCCUUUCUUUUCUUUUCUCGACACAAACACAAUUUCACACACUGUCCGGCUGUAACAGAGGUAUACACUUUCUUCCUCUCUUUGUUUUGCCCUUUUGUUUCCUUCCUUUUUCUUCUGUAGACAGUUCAGUUUCCAAACCCGGCUCACUGCAACAGGGAUGUAUACUUUCUUCCUCCCUUUGGUUUUCUUAUUUCUUUCCUUCUUCUUCUUUACACAAUUUAGCUUAUAAAAGAGAUAUACACUUUCUUCUCUGGUUUUCGUUUUUCUUUCUUUACAUAAUUCAACUUGUAACAGAGAUAUAUACUUUCUUCCUCUCUGGAUAUCCUUUUUCUUUUCUUUACACAAUUCAACUUGUAACAGAGGAAUAUGUUUCUUCUAUGGUUUUCCUUUUUCUUUUCUUUACACAAUUCAACUUGUAA